AUGGGCAAGAAGAGCAAGAUUAAGAGCAAGAGUACGGAGACCACGACGGAGUUGGAGAAGCCAACGCUUAAGAAUGAAGUAGUGGAAGCUGUAAACGAACAAAUGAAGCAUCAGGUCCCGUCAGAUUUGGCCGACAGCUUCGAGCAAAGCGCCGCGUUUUUCGGCAAGAAGGCGUCGUAUGUUCCGGUGGUAACUGAGACGCCGAAGGAAAAGGCGGCAAGUGCCAAACUUAUGGAAAAGGAAGUGCACGCUACAAAGAAGAAGAAGAAGGAGAAGAAAGAGAAGAAGGAAAAGAAGGAGAAGAAGGAGGAGAAGGAGGAGAAGGAGGAGAAGGAGAAAAAGGAGAAGAAGAAGAAGAAGAAGAAGAAGGAGAACGAGGCUAAAGGUGAAGAGGAUCAAGCUGAGGAUGGCGAAAAGAAAAAGAAAAAGAGGAACAAAAAGAAAAAGAUAGAAGAUGGAGACGAGGAAAAGGAUGAGAAGGAGAGCACAAUUGAGGAUGAGAAAGCUCGUCGCACAGUAUUCGUAGGCAACGUGUCGCUCGAUGCAACAAAAAAGGAUAUAAAAAACCACUUUGCAGGUUGCGGUAAAGUGGAAAAUUUGCGGCUCCGAAAUUUGCCAAUUGCUGGUUGUGCAGUGGACAAGGCUGGUAAUCAGAAGCUUAUGAUGAAGGUCUGUGCAAACAAGAAGAUUCUGACGACAGCCAAGGAUAAUUGCAACGCCUAUGUGACAUUUGUGGAGGAGAGAAGCGUAGAUGCUGCACUAAAGCUCAAUGGGACGAUUCUUGUCCAAAAAAAGAUACGCGUGGACCGGUCUAAGCCUGUGGUGGAUGCACGCCGUAGCGUUUUCCUAGGAAACGUUCCACUUAAGUGUACAGACGAUCAAGUGGUGCAGUUCUUCACGAAGCGUCUUAAGACUAAAGAAGAACCGGAACCGAUUGAGAACGUUCGUAUCUUUCGUGACCGGGAGUCUGGUCUCGGCAAGGGAUUUGGCUUCCUGUUGCUCAAGACUCAGGCUCUGGUUGCUAAGACACUUUCACUGCGUGACCUCAAGAUGGAGAAUCGUGAGCUGCGCGUACAUGUGUGCGGCAAGCGCUUCAAGAAUUUGCGUGGAGAGGAAUCUGCUAAAGAAAAAUUUGAAGGGCUUCGUUCAUCUGCUGGCGCUAGAGCGCGCAUCCAGCUGAAGCGUAAGGGUGCUGUAGAUCUUGACCGAGAUUUGACGACCAAGAAGAUGAAGCGUGCAGCUGCAGCAGCGGGACUAGGCAAGAAGUUUAAGCCCAAGCACUUAGCACGAAAGGCAGCCAAGGCCGCCGCGGAAGCUGCCGCUGCAAUCCGUGGAAAGACUUUGAACAAGCGGAAGCACGAUCACAGUAACAGUGCGAACGUAACGAAGCCCAAGGCUAAAAAGCCCAAACAUGCCGCGCGCAAGGCUAUGCAAGCGGCAGCGAAAGAGUAG